CCCACGCCUCGAAAAGCGGCUUGUUCCGGCUUGCCCCUUUACAUCUUUUUAUCCUUGCUCACAAUAUUAAAAUAGUGCCCACACGCAACUCUAUCGAACAUUUUACUCCAAAGCAUUUUUGUUAAACUGUCGGAGUGAACAUAACCGUGUCUCAGGCAGAGUAUGCAGGAUGCGUGUGCAGCAGGUCUCUGCCUGUGCAGCCCGGCGGUGAGGCUGAGGCGCAGUUCGGGCACCAUCACCGGCGGAGCGAUACCACCAUCUCCUCUCAGCGCCGGUUCAUCAGACGGAGAGAGUGAGGCUCACUGUACCUGAGAGAACCGUCAUGAACCAUCGAAAGGGGGGCAGAGGAUCAAAACUAGACCAAGGCAGCUAAUGCUUUGAGAUGCAGAGGCAUUUCGCUUCAACGUUAAGAAUUGUCUCCCUGCUGCUGGCUUCUAACAACUGAUAAAGAUUUUUUUUUUAAUUCUGAUGCGCUUCUGUGGAUGAAUAUGUGUAUUCUGGUGCUGUGGUGUGCUGCGUGAGUCAUCAUCGGCGAGCGGGAGCUGUUGUCAGGGCUCGUUGACAUGCGUUCCCCCUGAGCUCGGCGGAGCCCCCCUCGGUGGUGUGGUGGAAGGAUGCCAGUGCAGGCGGCCCAGUGGACGGAGUUCCUGUCCUGUCCCAUCUGCUACAAUGAGUUUGACAGCAACGGCCACCAGCCCAUCAGCCUGGGCUGCUCCCACACGGUAUGUAAGACCUGCCUCCACAAGCUGCACCGCAAGGCCUGCCCCUUCGACCAGACCCCCAUCAGCACUGACAUCGACCUGCUGCCGGUCAACUGUGCCCUGCUGCAGCUGGUUGGAGCUCAGGUCCCAGAUGUGCAACCGGUGAGCCUGAACAGUGCAGCAGAAGUUGAGAACUAUGAGGCGUGCAAGGUGUGCGUUGAAGAGCUGGCUCUCUACCUGAAACCCAUCAGCGGAGCAAAAGAACUGUCACCUUCUGCAGGUGUGGCGACUCUGAGUCCCAGCGUGCUCAGCCGGCCGAUGCAGAGGAAGCUGGUGACCUUGGUGAACUGCCAGCUGGUGGAGGAGGAGGGCCGUGUGCGGGCGGUGCGGGCCGGCCGGUCGCUGGGAGAACGGACCGUAACCGAGCUCAUCCUCCAGCACCAGAACCCCCAGCAGCUCUCUGCCAACCUCUGGGCAGCGGUGAGGGCGCGGGGCUGCCAGUUCCUGGGUCCUGCUAUGCAAGAAGAUGCUCUGAAACUAGUUUUACUGGCUCUGGAGGACGGCUCAGCUUUGUCCAGGAAGGUGUUAGUUUUGUUUGUAGUUCAAAAGCUCGAGGCUCGCUUCCCCCAGGCCUCCAAAACCAGCAUAGGGCACGUGGUGCAGCUUCUCUACAGGGCCUCCUGCUUCAAGGUGACUAAGCGGGAUGAAGACUCCUCGCUGAUGCAGCUGAAAGAAGAGUUCCGAACGUACGAGGCUCUCCGGAGAGAACAUGACGCUCAGAUCGUCCACAUCGCCAUGGAGGCGGGACUACGGAUUUCCCCCGAGCAGUGGUCCUCUCUGUUGUAUGGAGACUUGGUCCAUAAAUCACAUAUGCAGUCCAUUAUAGACAAGUUGCAGUCUCCGGAGUCAUUUGCAAAGAGCGUUCAGGAACUGACGAUCGUACUUCAGAGGACAGGGGACCCCGCCAACCUCACAAACCUUAGACCGCACCUAGAGCUGCUCGCCAACAUAGACCACAACCCAGAUGUCCCGGCACCAUCAUGGGAGGAGCUGGAAAGUGUGAUGCUAGCUGUGAAGUUGGUGGUCCAUGGACUUGUGGAAUUCAUACAGAACUUCAGCAAAAAGAGCCAUGACACUCCACAGCCUCAGGCCAACAGCAAGUACAAGACCAGCAUGUGCAGAGACCUCCGUCAGCAGGGAGGCUGUCCUAGAGGAACCAACUGUACUUUUGCACACACACAGGAUGAACUGGAGAAAUUCAGACUGAGAAACAAGAAGAGCAUCAGCUCUGGCCGUGCAUUCCCUUUGUCUCCAGGGGUUAUGGGUAAAACCUUCACCAUGGAGGGCGGCAUCCACGAAGAAUUGUCUGCAGGCGUGGGGCAAGGGCUCCAAGACACAGGGGAGGACAUGGCCUCCCUGACAGAGGGGGUGCCCUGCCUGACUCACCCACAACUGAUCUCCAGAGGGGCUGACAUGAUGGAGGAAAUAAAGAGGGCGGUGCCAAAUGGAUCCAAUGGGGCUAAUGGGUCCAACGGGGUAUCCAGCAGAAACACGGGGUCAACUGAAAAGAAGCCCAUCUCCCCUCCCAGGACUCCGGUCAGCCACUCCUCAGCGUCAUCUCCCUUGACAACAGCAGGGGGGCGGGGUGAUGGUGGCGAUUCUAUGCCUAAACAUGGUCAGUUUGUGCUGCGCGCAUCACAUCCUUCUGAGGCGUCAGAGCUGUACUAUCAGGAGCCCCACUCUGCAUAUGACACGCCACAUUAUCAACCAACCUCAGGUUCCUACUACCAAUCCUCUCUCCAUCCUCCUCACAAACCCUGCAUGGCUCGCUUCCUUCGAUCCUCCAACGUCCCAGAAUCCUCUCUCCCGCCCUCGAUUGGCCCUCCGCCAUCUUCCUACCCAAAUGACCCACAUGCACCACACCCACCUUCCUCCUCCUCUUCGGGCUUCGCUCCCCGAGAUAGGAUGGGACCUCCUGCCUUCCACCACCACCCGGGGCAGCCUCAGUACGGCCCUCUGGCUCCUGCUCACGGUGUUUAUGCUCCGCUCUAUGACAGCAGGAGAGUCUGGAGGCCUCAGCUGUACCACAGGGAGGAUGCCAGGAGCAACUCGCUGCCUCCGGAAGUGCUGCAUUCCUCCGUCUACCAGCCUCCACUCAGGGAGAGAUUCAACUCUCUAGACAGCAACUACUGCUCCGGAAGUGAACACCGUGCAGGGCUACACAGGGAUUAUGGCCGCGUUCCUUUCGGUUACGAGGAUUUGUUCAGGAGGAAGCAGGAACAGUGGGCUCAUCAUCAUCACCAUCACAACGCCAACAGGCCCUCCCAGUCCUCCCCCAUCUUCACCAUCGAUUUUGGUGCAGAGCAUGUGGAGGGCAGCGGAGGUCAGUGCAUGGGGUGCCGGUUCAGAGGCGAGGAGAGUUUAGCCCACUACUCCCCGUGGUCCUGCGGUAACAUCGGCACCUGCCUCAGCCCCUUUGAGCCUGAAACACUCGCACACACAUCAGCUCACUCCUGCUCAGAGCACUCGGAGUUGGACAGUAACGGAGGUGGAGGAGGUGGUGUAAGCAGUAGUGGUGUCGGGAAAAGAUGGCUGCAUUCGUUGGAUCAUUAUCGGCGCAUGAAAGACGAGGACCCGAUCAUUCCCUUUAGUGAGGGGCCCAUUAUCUCAAAGUGGGGGGCCAUAUCCAGGGCAUCUCGCACGGGCUACCACACCACCGACCCCAUCCAAGCCACGGUCUGCCAGGGGAGCGCCAACACCACACCCAUUAACUUUAAAGAUUACAACCACCACCUGGAUCACAGCGACUACAGGUGGAGCUCCAGAGGAUCGGACUCUUCCAGCCACUCCAGUUUCCUAGAGAGCGAGCAGCUUUGUGCAUCAGAUCUUCACUGCCGUCGAACGUCCAUUAGCAGUGGAGAGAAAAUCGCGUCCGACCUUCAGGCACGUCAGUUCGCCUACAGCCGGGAGCGGGGCCGGGCCGAGAGCGAACCGGACCCGGAGCGAGACAUCGAGCUCGAACUCUGCGCUCUAGACAUGGAGGACUCAGAGAUCAAGUCUCAGGACUCUUUAGACCUGGCUGCCCUACGGUCUCAGGAUGCUUCCCACUUCCUCCCUCCACCCUGCUCCUCUCCCCUCCUCUCUUCUCCUGUGGAGGAGCACUCCCAAACAGAAGGUCCUCUGACAGAAAAGAUGGACACUCACCUGCUGAAAAAGAUGGCCUUCAGGAAGUCUUUGUCUCCUGGAGGCUUGGUCUCAGGAGGUCUUGGCGUUGGCAAGCUAGUCCUGCGGACUGGAUCUCCUCGACUGGGGGACACUUCCACCCGGGCUUGUCCUGAGACACCCGGGACAGAAAUGCUGCUCAAUAGAAGCUAAGGAGACACAAAGUCAGACAUUGAUCUGCGCCAAGCGAGAGCUGAGUGGCUAUCAGAUCCUGGUUAAAGGGAAUACCAUUAAUUUCCAGCUUUUAUCAAUCAUUCGCCUAUACUGUAUAAAUGUGUGCUGCGACACAUUGUAAAAGGCAACAGAAAACCAUCCUGCCCCCUAGUUGGCUAUUAUUGGCAAUAUACAGCUCCAUAAAGAUAUCAAUGUUAUACCCAUGAAGGGCACAGAUCCCCUCGCUGUAAUGCUGAACUUUUCCAUGUUUUCAGUUUCAACCACUUUUUCAAAAGGCUGGAGAUUUCACAACAUCUUCAUCUCUUCCUUUACAUUUGUUUGCCUGACACAUGAUUUAGUCUGUUGUCAUUCAACUACGAUUUUUUCAUGACAUUUCACAGUGUCCGUAACACAGCAAGAGCCACUCUUUUAACUUCAGGAUUUGAUUAUUUGUUAAUCCUCUACUUAUUCUAACUUUUUUUACAAGUAGCAUUGAUUAUCAACAAUUUAACAAAACAGUAAUUAUGUAUCCCUUUUUGACACCAUGAAUGAAUAUUUGACAAUUAUAUUGAAUUAGUAUUGCUAUAUUUUUACUUUGUAAUUCCAUAAGCCAACGUACAAUACGGAGAAAAGAGGGCACUGCCACUUAAACAAGCUCAUUAUUUUAUGAGUCACAGGUGGAACCCUGAGUCAUGUCAUGAUAUCACACAACACAAUCACAGUCAUAACCUAAUGUAUUAAUCACUGGAGGUAAGAAGGGAAGAAAACAAAACAAAGAUUUGUGUCGAUUUGUAUACAGGCCACAUUAACUCACAACAAUCUUGUAAAACAUCUAUUGUUUUUCUCUUUUUUGCGUGUAGUGGUUUUAGCAUUUAAUACCACGGAAGCCUCACUGCUCUCCUUCUUUCUCUCACACACACAUUCACACACAGUAGACACAAACAUGCAUUGCAGUGGCCUUCCUCUCCUUGGUGUUACAUUGGGCUCUAUGCUGUCAGACACCUGUCCUGUUUCAGAGGUGUUCCCUUGAUCUCGAUCUAAAAAACUGGAAAUUCCAAUUUUUUUGUAAGCUCAUGGCAUUUGGUGUGCUUUCCAAUCUGGUCACCUUAACGUACACUGUAAACAAUAUUCAGAGGUCAUGUUUUUAAACUGAAGCUUAUGAAAGUGUGAAACACCACUUCUCGUGUUUCUUCACGCUGUAUCUUUGUUUAACUUUUUUUAAAGCCUUUGGUUUCUUUUAUUUAAUGCAUUGCUAACUUCUGUGAAGUUGUUUGCCGGCGUAUUUUGUAUCAGGAUCUUUGUUACUCUUGUUUUGUUUGCUAUAUUUUACAUCACAAAAAGACAAAAUGUAUCGUCUUGUCUGAUGUAUCUCUGUGUUUUGCCUGCCAUUUAAUGCAUUACACUGUGUAGUUUACUGUCAUUUUGUGCAUUGUGGGUGAUUUACAUAAAGCCCAGCCCACCUGGACCCAGCCUACAUAUACAAGAUUUAAAAGUCAUGGGUUUUAUAACACCUUUUUAAAAAUCGUAUAAGAUUUGUAAAGGAAAAGAAGAAUCGUUCCAGUUUCCAAUCCCAUUUUAGAGGAUGGCAGAAUGUCCGUACGUGUUAGGAUUGCUUAUCGAGUUUCAAGUUAAAACUUAAUUAACCUGAGUAGAAAAUGAAGUAGUGUUCCGGUUAACCUUUUGUUUUUUUUACGCUUAUCUUCCAACCACACAGCGGGUAGAUAGGGAAUAAUUGGAAUGAACAAUUUGGUGUAAUACUCUAUUGAAAAGUCCAAUGUUCUGUAUGGGUUUAUUUCUGAGAUGAAGUCCUGAAAUUAGCUCAGCUACUGUCGCUCUGCAUCUGUUUACAACUUCACCUCUGAAGUCAUAUAAGUGCCAUGUCGUGUACAGUACCGUACAAUCCCUGCUAUUUUCCGACAGCUUUUCCUAUCCCUCCAGUGUAAACUAUGUGAGGAGGGAAAGGCUUAGUUGAGCACACUUCUUGUGUAUUUCUGCUUUGUUCCAUAAGAGGAGGCUAGAUCCGUUCUCGUCUGAAUCGCUCAGGGAAGACUUAACUUGCUCAGCUGCUUUUUUUUUUAUAUAUUCAUCGCUUAAAUAUUCUGUGGAAGUAUUAACCUGGAUUUCACUUGCUGAUAAACCACCCUUCCAUUCAAAGCAUAAAGGUUACAGAUAAUAUUGUUUGCCAGUGUUUACUUUGCUUUUGCCUCUCAGUAUCAAUAUUGGCUUUGCUAUUCCUGCACCCAUGGGAAGGACUGGGCACUACUGUAAGUAAAAGCAGUAUUGUGAGUAUUGAAGUGAUACACCCCGUUUCCAUCAAAGUGUCCAGAGCACUGCUGUAGUGGUUAUUUGCACUUCCUACCCAUUUACUGCCAGCGUGUGCACUAUGCCCCCACACCCAACUUUGCCUCCCCCCCAUCAAUCCAUCCGCCCUGCAUUCUGCUUCAUGCAUGCGAUAUAGUCCCUCUUGUGAUGGCGGAGGAGUAUUGAUGAUUCUGUAGUUGUGAUACAACACACCCAGCACUGUAAGAGUUCUGCACAUGCCCACUGUGUGGCCACGUCAAGUGCUGAAGUCUGCUUGCAGCAUUUUACUCGUUUGCUCAUGAAAAUGAAUUCUUGUUUGAUAGAGAUUAUAUUAUGACUAUUAUUGUUAUUACCACAUUUGAUUGGUGUUGUGGUAUUUUUCCUUCUGGGCAUAAGUCAGCUUCUUUGUUUUGAAUUGAGAAUUAGCUGAAGUUUUUUAUUAGAUAAAAAAGUGUCUCAUUGUUCUAUAUUAUAUGGGGGAAAAGCCUGUUUGUUGAUCGUGAGACAUAUGAUGUUUUCUGACUAUUCAUGUCUGUAUUAGACAUUUUAUUUGCAAAUCUAUUGUUCGAUUGAAAUGUAAAUUAACUAUGAGAUGGUACACAUCUGUCAUUGUAUACAGUCUGGCACCAUCAUUAGAUGGACUUAUAUUAUAGACGCUCAUUUAUACGACCUGUGAUAAUCAGAUAUAUUUAAAUGUUUAAAUCUUUGGGGCAGUUGUGUAAUGUUUCAGAAUGAGGAAAAUGUAAACUCCUUAAGAGACAGCAUAUCUUAAAUGUCCCACUAAUAAAUAAUACUGUUACGUAUUCAAUUUAUUUCCUUGGAAAUAUCACAUUGUCAAAGGAAUCCCUUUUACUGACCUUAUGGUAAUGCAGAUUGGAGUUAGUCAAACCUACGAUGAGAAUGAUUUAUGUGCUUUUUAAUGAUCGAUGAAACUGUUUGAGUGUUGUUAACUGACUGAAUAUUCUGUGCAUUUUAUGGCUCAUUCAUCUGUAUUACACUGAAGUACAGACAGCUUGGCCGAGCAGCAUAAGGCUUCUGUGUUGCACUAAGAGAUGGAAAUAUGGAAAGGCACAUUAAAUGCAUGCCACAAUAAACAAACAGAAAAACA